AUGGCCCGGCAAGGCUCGCAUCGGGAGAGCCAAGCCAACUUGUAUGCACUCGCUGUCCUGGCGUACCAGUCAGGCCACUCCAAAUUGAUGGUUGCAGAUGAACUUUCCAAAAGACAACUGACCGGGAACCUCCGCCCGGGUGAAGGGACAUGCUUGUCGGUGAUCUUGAUCUCAGUCAACGAAAAGCCAUCCACUGUAGACGGUAUUUCCGUUUGGGCGCGGCGAGAGAACUGUAGGGGUCAGCAGAUCGCGCAGAUGUUUGCAAAAUUUGACGACACCUGGAAAUCGAACUCAGUCGCAGAUAAAACAAAGUCCGACUAUCAUGAAGAGCCCCGUCUUUUGUGGAGGUUUCCUCUAACAAGGGUCGCAUCACGAACCACGCUAGACAGACUCAUCAAGCCGGGGACGGGGAGACGACCACAGUUUUACAAGCCUGACCCGGUUAUUGAGAAGGAGAACCUAUGCCAUGCAGUUCAACCAUUCUGCUACAGCUUCCGUGAGUGGCAAACAGCAUCAAGCUAUCGAGGUUCAUGGUUACCCGCAUUCUAUCUCACAAAUAACCUUUCCAAAGACCAAGACCGGGAGAUUCGAGCCGAGACCAAAGGCUAUGACGGUGGACUGGAUAAUUAUUACAAUACAGGAGCUAAGAGCUGUGGAUUUAUGCCAUGGAAAUCCGGGAAAGCUGGCGAGCUAGACGGUACUGUCCAGGACAUGUGGGAAAUUGCUCAGAAAGUCGAGUCCGAGUUAUUUUUGGCAAAUGAUUGCGAGUUCAUUUGCAUUGACCAGAAAUCUGCGCGCGUUUUGCGCGCAAGCGCAGCCCACGGCCCCUACCUUCGGGAUGUAGCCUCUGGGGAGCUGAGUCUCCCGCAAUAUGAGCAUACCUCCACUGGAGAGAUCGUUGUGCACUGUGGCGAGGUAUUCUGCCGGUCUCUUUUCGUUGAUCGGGAGGAAGGGGAUCGGGAUCAAGACGAUGAAGAUGAUCAGGAUAUCGGCAAAGAGGAUAAUGCGCACUAA